AAAUCCAAGAAAUGCCAUCUCACUCACAUCCCCUUAUCUCUUUCCAUUCCAUCUUCCACACCACUAAUACAAAUUCCGUCCCCUACGCCCCCACCCCCAAAUUCUCUACUUUCAUCCCAAAGAACAAGAAAUCCACCAUGUGAGAAAUCACCAUGCAAGAAACUCUCCAUCUUUCUUCUUCUUCUUUUUCACUUCCUAAAACCUCCAUUUCUCCUCUCAAAUCCUUCAAAUCAUCCACAAUUUCUUUCCCUCAACACCCAAAACCACCCACCCCAAUCUCCACUUCUCUACCUACCCCACCCCCACUCACCUCCCAAAACUUCCAUCUUCAAGAAAAGCUCCUUUUUUUGGAUUCUCUUGGUGUAGACUCUUUACAUUGCCUUUCUUCACAACCCCUUAUCGUUUCUUCCUCUUUAUCUGAACUCAAAUCGAUUAUUGACUUCCUUUACUCCGUUAAUCUCACCAUUCUUGAUGUUCGGAGAGUUUUACACAUGUGCCCGGAGAUUUUAACCGCAGGAAUUUCAACCACCCUCCGACCUGCCGUCACUUUUUUGCUCCGGGAAGCUCAUGUCACCGGAGAAAAACUUCCGGGUGUUCUCCGUCGACGACCCCGUCUUCUCACAAAGUGUGUAGAACAGCAUCUCCGACCGACCCUUUACUUUUUGCAGAGUACUAUUGGCAUUGAGGAUGUUUCGAAAUGUGCAAGUUUGCUGUCUUGUUCUGUGGAGACUAAGUUUAUACCUCGAUUGGAGUACUUUCAGAGAAUUGGGUUUUCAAGAAGAGACACUAAAGUGAUGUUUAGGAGGUUCCCUUCGUUGUUUUGUUACAGUAUAGAGGAGAAUUUGGAGCCGAAAUUCGAUUACUUUGUGGUGGAAAUGGGAAGGGAGUUGAAGGAAUUGACUGUGUUUCCUCAGUAUUUCUCGUUUAGUUUAGAGAAUAGGAUAAAUCCGAGGCACAAGAUGUGUGUUGAUAAAGGUGUGUGCUUGUCAUUGCCUGUGAUGUUGAAGUCACACGAAUCGCGAUUUCGUGAUAGGUUGGAAGUAUGUUGUAGCUCUUCUAUGCCGGUGAGACAAUCUCCCUUUUGGUACAGUACAAAAUUUGAUCAUAAUGUAACAUAGAUUGAACUUAAAACCAUAUUGCUACAUUUUUGUUUAUAAAAAUAUAUUUUUGAUGAUCA